UUUUAAAAACUGCUUCCUUAAUUUGAGAAAAGAACAAUGGUAGGAAAGGCUAGAUCUUCCAAUUUUACCUUAUCUGAAAAGCUUGAUUUGCUAAAACUUGUCAAGCCAUAUGUGAAAAUCCUCGAAGAACACACUAAUAAGCAUUCAGUAAUAGUGGAAAAGAAUAGAUGUUGGGAUAUCAUAGCAGUUAACUAUAAUGCAAUUGGAGUAGACCGCCCUCCUCGAACAGCGCAGGGCCUACGCACCCUUUACAAAAGGCUCAAAGAAUAUGCCAAACAGGAGCUAUUGCAGCAGAAAGAUACCCAAUCAGAUUUAAAAAGCAGUAUUUCUGAGCCAACCAAGAAAGUUAUGGAGAUGAUUCCCCAGAUUUCCAGUUUUUGCCUGGUAAGAGACAGGAACCACAUACAAAGUGCAAACUUGGCUGAGGAGGCUCAGGCUGGUACCAGUUCACUACAGGUAAUGUUGGAUCAGCAUCCAGUGGCUAUUACAGUGGAGGUGAAGCAAGAAGAAGACAUUAAGCCCCCUCCUCCACUGGUUUUAAAUUCGGAACAGAGUUAUACUUUAGAGCAAAGAGAAGAACAUGACUUAGUACAUGUUAUGGACAGAUCUGUGUCGCCGUCACUUUCCUCUGUUGACAUGAGAAUGACAUCGUCUCCAUCUUCCAUCCCAAGGAGAGAUGACUUUUUUCAUCAUGAGUGUGGGGGACACUUUAGGUCACAGUUAGGGUAUGAUCCUCAGAUUCUGCAAAUGCUGAAAGAGGAGCAUCAGAUAAUUUUAGAAAAUCAAAAAAAUUUUGGAUUAUAUGUUCAGGAGAAGAGGGAUGGAUUGAAAAGAAGGCAGCAGCUAGAAGAAGAGCUGCUACAAGCAAAAAUUGAAGUGGAGAAGCUAAAAGCAAUUCGCUUACGGCAUGAUCUGCCUGAAUAUAAUAGUUUCUAAAUUUUUUUCAGUUUCACAAUAUGAUCAUUUUAAUUUUGGCCAAGUUACUUUAUUCUGGGAAUGUCUUAAAGCAGAAUAUGUAUUAUAAUGUAUCGUUAAUCUCUAUUAUGAAAAAAACUUUUUUUGACAUUUUUAAAAUAAUUUAAUUUUCUUUUGAUUGAUAUAAUAAUUUUUUGAUUGUAUGGCA